AUGUCCGAUGAAAUCUGUUCACCCAGUCAUCCACUCAAGCGGCCCGUUGGUACCGUUUCAAACGGAGGUCUGGUCCCAUCGGAGCAGGACCCACACACCUGGGUCUCCGGUCCUUUAGAUGAAGUUCCCAAGCUGCAGCGUCAGCGAUGGAGCCAGGUCCCUGAGAAAAGUCUGCAGGAGAAGCAGACGACGGGUGACGUGGUCUUGUUGAUGGUCCUCCACUUGAAGCUGCUGCAUGUGGCUGGGAGUCUGUCAGAGGAGGUCCAGUACUCCCACCUGCUGCUGUGCACCGGCACCGACGGCCCGUUUCCCUGCAAGUUCAACACACUCGGUCUCUCGUACCAGCAGGCGGUCCAGGCCUACGAGGAGCUGGCCCAGCAGAUCCAGGCUGCAGACUCGGUCCUGGUGGUGGGCGGAGGCUCCACGGGCGUGGAGAUGGCCGCGGAGCUCAGGAGCCGCUACCCAGAGAGAAGGGUGAGCGAGUUUCUCACGGCUCCUCUGUGCCAUUUCUACGGCCCGUACGUCCAGUGGAACCGCAGCUCUUCUGCGCAGGCCUCAGUCCUGCAGCGAGUGUUGGGGCGUGGCUCCCCGGUCCAGUGCGGCCAGCUGCGGCGUGAAGGGGGUGGAGCUUCUGCUGGGUACAUCUGCGUUCUGGACCUGGCUGGGCUCCAGACAAACCGCUGUCGUCAGAACUCCGCCGUGACCACGGACAAAGGCGCCAGGCUCAGCGUAGACCUGCUGCUGGAUUGUUCCGCGCUCCGGAUCAACAGCCGAGCGUACGCCUCCUCCCUGGCCCACGCCCUCUCUGACAGCGGUGCUCUGCGAGUCGACGCUCACCUGCAGGUGGCCGGCCUCUCAAACGACUGUGCCGACGUGGCCGAGGCCAAGACGCCGUACCACGCUGGCCUUCGCGCAGCGGUCGCCGUUAAUAACGUCAGCCUGAGCGGGAGGCCGCUGAGAUCCUACCGCCCAGGCAGCGCCACCAUGCUGCUGCCACGUGGUGUGGUGGCCAUGGCCAAAAGUGGAGACCUGAUGCUGUGGAAGAGCUGGAGAGAGAUGCGGCAGCGGCGGCGCUGUGAGGAGGAGCCGGGCUCAGACACACUCUCGCACACACACAUGGAGCUUUAUUCUCAGUCAGGACACGUUACAUUACAGCUGAAGGUGAACGCUUGA